GCAGCUGCCAGUUUUCUUCACACCCCUCUGUACUCGGCUCGCUACCUUUCCGGAUGCUGCGCAUCUCUCUGGAGUUUAUUCUUAGAGCCCUAAUAACACCAUGACCCCGCGUCCAGGUGCCUUCAUCCCCCGGACAAGGUCCUAAUACAGCACAGGGAGUCGGUCGCCAUGACAAAGGACACCAAGGCAUUCACAUCAGCUUCGGGGGCCACAGUCACCAGCGCCAAACCGUUGCCCGUCUCACGCGCCACCAAACGGGCUGAAAAAGCAGAGAAAGCGGAUAAAAAGCUGAGGCGGCGGCAGAGGUACGUGGAGAAAGACGGCCACUGUAACGUCCAGCACGGAAACGUGAGGGAGACUUACCGCUAUCUGACCGACAUCUUCACCACCUUGGUGGACCUGAGGUGGAGGGUCAGCCUGCUGGUGUUCAUUCUGGCCUAUGCCAUCACCUGGCUGUUUUUUGGAGUUAUCUGGUGGUUUAUCGCUUACUGCCGAGGGGACUUGGAUCACUUGGAAGACCAAACAUGGACGCCUUGUGUCAACAACCUCAACGGCUUCGUCUCUGCAUUCCUGUUUUCCAUUGAGACGGAGACGACCAUUGGUUACGGCCACCGGGUCAUCACAGAUAAGUGCCCCGAGGGGAUUAUUCUGCUGCUGCUGCAGGCCAUUCUGGGCUCCAUGGUGAACGCCUUUAUGGUGGGCUGCAUGUUUGUUAAGAUCUCCCAACCCAACAAGAGGGCAGAGACGCUGGUCUUCUCCUCGCACGCAGUGAUCUCGUUACGAGAUGACAGACUCUGCCUCAUGUUCCGCGUCGGAGACUUGCGCAACUCUCACAUUGUAGAGGCGUCCAUCCGAGCCAAGCUCAUCAAAUCCAAACAAACGCAGGAGGGAGAGUUCAUCCCACUCAACCAGACGGACAUAAACGUGGGAUUUGAGACCGGCGACGACCGUCUUUUUCUGGUAUCUCCUCUCAUUAUCAGCCAUGAGAUCAAUGAGCACAGUCCCUUCUGGGAUGUGUCCAAACGGCAAUUAGAGAAGGACGAAUUUGAGAUUGUGGUGAUCUUGGAAGGCAUGGUAGAAGCUACAGGGAUGACCUGCCAGGCCCGGAGCUCCUAUCUGGUGGAUGAGGUGCUCUGGGGACACCGCUUCAUGUCUGUGCUCUCCCUGGAAGACGGCUUCUACGAGGUGGAUUAUAACACCUUCCACCAGACAUUCGAGGUGCCCACCCCCACAUGCAGUGCCCGCGAGAUGGCAGAGGCAGCAGCGCGCAUGGACGCCCAUCUCUACUGGUCUAUCCCCAGCCAGCUGGAUGAAAAGGUGGAGGAAGCGACGGAGAAAGAGGACAAGGAACAGAAUGGGAGCCUCAACAGCCCCGAGAGUGAACCGGUCCCGGCGGAGUGAGCUUUGCCUCCAACACUGUUAAAGACGAGCACUUGUGUUGGGGUAUAAAUGGAGGCGCAUCCGCAGCAGGGGGAGGGGGUUCAGCCGCUUUCUGCCCCGGUCUCACCAAUGUCUCAUAAUAGCUUUUGCCUCAACGUCCAGGACCAGCCCUGGCACAGAUCCUUUAGUUAAAUUCGUCUCUAGGACUCCUGAUUGUCCUCCCAGAACCAGGACUGGAUCGCCACCUAAAUCGGGAUCCUGCCCCUUCCUCCCACCCUUGCUUCGUAGGGUAAAGUCCUAA